AUGGCUGAAUCGUCCGGGUUCUCUACUGAACGGGCACAAGGGGUGUCGCAGCCAAAAACUAUUGAAACGAUAGUCGAAGCUGCCAAAAAGGCGUUCGACUCGUCUCUCGAAUCAGACUCUCGGGAGCUGCGGGCGAAGGAGUACGACGAUGUCAUCACUAGUACAGACACAUGGGCGCUCAUUCAUGCACUCAACACGCUCAUCAAACCAGAUAUCCUGCCCGCAUGGCUCAGGCAACCCCUCUUGAGAACACUUACCCUUGUUCCUCUGAGGCCGGAUGGCGUUCGAGGAACAUUGGAAUUCGUCUUCUCCGUCCACCCCAGCAACAGCACACCAGCAACCGACGCGGCACAACCGCAGAAAGGCGGUGCCGGCAUCACGCAUGAAGCUGUGGCGGUGGCUACCAAGCUGUUAUCGUCCGUGCCAUCUUCCAUGAGCCCGGAUGCAUGGUUCGAAGGAAUCUCUGGUCAAUUGUUCAGUCUCUUUGAUGGCGAAGCUGGACCCGAUCUGGCCAAGACCGCGGCGCAGAUUGUCGGAUUUGGGAUACUCGGGAAGCGACAGUUUGGUGCUCCUGGUGCACCCGGAUGGAACGCGUUUGUGAAGCCACUCUUGCAGAACAUCAAUCCAUCCCUCGCGUCGCAAAGGAGCGAGCAUGACGUCGCAAAGCCUGAGCCAGAAAUUAUCGACAUGCGGCAAGGUCAAGUACUGGUGUCGGCGCAAUCGCUGGAGAUAUCAGUUCGACGUCUCCAAACCCUGAUUCUCUCCAACCCAUCACCGGGCCUUUGCAGGAGAGUUCUGCGACCAGUCAUCCUCCAACUAUGGAGUCUCUCGUCUUGGAACGGCGUCUCGGCACCCACUGAACAGAACGUGUGUAGCGCAGCACGCAGUCUUGUUCAGACGUACCUCAGGUUGUUCGGCACCCUGGAUAGCAUCAUGCCCCUCAUCCAAAACGUGACGUGCACGGGGUCGGUGGACGAAUCGAAACCCCAGUGGACCUAUCAUCUCGGCAACGAUGGAAGCUUGAAUAUCGUCAAACGCCAGGAUCAACCAUCACGAGGUCACGAGGAACUGGAUUUGGCCGUCAUCGAACAAAAAACGACUAGCCUCGUCCAUACAAUCACGACCUCUUGCUCGAACGAGGAAGUUUCGGCAGUCUUCCUCCACCUAUUGCGACGCUGGAUUGAGACUUCUCAGAGGCAACGCGACACGGGUAUACAAAUUAGAGACCCAAAGGACAACGAGCACACGCCCGUCGAAGAUCUCGUUGAGGUGAGCCUACUGCAAACGCUCAUGGAAAAAGCCCCAGAGAAGCUGGUCAGUCACUUUGACCAGUUACUGGAUAUCAUCAGCCAGGUCCUAGCAGCCGAUGAGCGUUCACCGCUUGGGGACGAUCUCAUCGCCGUCGUGCUGAGCCUGCUGAAUCUAGUCAUCACAGCACCAAGCUUCCAGAAAUCCGACAUCAGUCCUGACGAACUGCGGACCAUUGAGGGUGCCCUCGACAGGAUAGGCAGCAGAGACCAACCCGAUACCUCACCCACAGCAAGGAAUUUGGCGAUGUUGUUGAAGUAUCGCGAUGAAGUGGAAGAUCCAGACGACGUCAAACCAGGGGCCUCCACAAGGCAGAUAGAGGACAGGAAGACCUACAACCUGGCCAUGAACUACAUCACGGGCGACAGCAAUAACCCGCCGCCGGUCGUGUCUGAGGGGCUGAAUAUGCUCUCUACCCUGAUAGUUGCAGAGAGCCCAAUUUUGGACAUCACCGCAAUCACCGUGCUGAUGUCAAACUUGCUGAAAGAAAACGAAGACUACAUCAAUCUCAGGGUCGUCAAGGUGUUCACACAACUGGCGAAUAAACACCCCAAAUCGACAAUGAGGGAGCUCCUCGACAAUUACUUGGAUCCACAAGAGAAGGCCUCAACCGACAUUCGGCUCAGAUUCGGCGAAGCCUUGGCACAGGUCAUCGAGCGUCUAGGCCAGACAUUCUCUGGCGAAACAGCGCAGCAAGCCUGCGAAACUCUUCUAUCCAUUGCCGGUCGCCGUGGCUACCGACCGAAGACAAAGUCGAGACAGGAGAGGGAAGACAAAUUGCAGAAUAUGAAGCAGCAGAAAGCGGCAGAAGAUCCUGGCGAGGACGUAGACAUGGAGCAGGACGAACACCUGACCGAAGAGGAGAAGGCGGACAACGCAGUUUUGGCACAAAUUGUGCAGGGUUGGGACAGCAAAAGGGGGAGCGAGGACAUUCGCAUGCGGACGUCGUCGUUGUCGAUAUUUGGAGCGGCGCUGGAAACCAACAUUGGCGGGAUCGGGCCGACGUUGGUUUCUAAUGGCGUUGACCUGUGUGUCAGUAUCCUCACGCUGGAGCGGCAGCCAGAGGCGGGCAUUCUUCGCAGGGCGGCAGUCGUGGUCAUCCUCAACUUCGUCAAAGCUCUGAACGAUGCAAAGGAGUCCAACAAGUCACUCGGCUUCGGGCUCACUGGCGACAGCCGCAAAGACAUCCACACAACGCUCGAGUAUGUGGCGCAGACGGACAAUGACGGCCUAGUGCAGCAACAUGCUCGCGACGUCGCCGAGAGCCUUGAAAACUUGGGGAUCGGGAGUCUGCUACCGAGCCAAGGCGAAACGACCGCGCCUGGCCUGACACAGCUGGCGGGUUUGCGAAUCAAUGCGGAUGGGAAUCUCGUUGAUGCAUCUGGACGACCUCGUCCGAGGAUCGAGGAGGUGGAAUGA